AUGAACUCGCCAUCGAUGAAAAGCGGGGCUAUUCCUGUCGGUCAUAUGACGACAAAAAGUCGAGGGAGAACUCGCAUUAGCUUUUGGUGGCAAAUCACGCGUUUGUUACUUGUAAUUAAGAGUUUGGUUGGUCACGCAGAUUUGGAUCCUGGAAACAUGGCGGUCUCGAGCCCUCGCGACAUAUCGCUGGAGAAGAAAAAGGAGUGGGAGGCGUCUUCGGAUUUUGCAAAUUAUUUUUGCACUUAUGCUUACAUCUACCACCAAAAGCAAAUGUUGACGGAUGAACUCCGCAUGCAGAGCUAUCGCGAUGCUAUCUUCGAAAACCCAAACCACUUCAAGGACAAGAUUGUUCUUGACGUGGGCACUGGUAGCGGUAUCCUUUCUAUCUGGGCAGCUCAAGCAGGCGCGCGUAAGGUUUACGCUGUGGAAGCCACAGACAUUGCUCAGCAGGCUCGCAAAGUUAUAAAAGCGAACGGCCAAGACCACAUCAUUACGGUCAUUCAAUCAAAAAUGGAGGACGUGGCGUUACCUGAAAAAGUAGACGUCAUCAUCUCAGAGUGGAUGGGCUACUUUCUGUUGCGUGAGUCCAUGUUCGAUUCGGUCAUCGUGGCGCGUGACCGCUGGCUAAAGUCUAAUGGCGCAAUGUUCCCGUCUCACGCCAGCAUGUUUAUCGCCCCCAUGUGCAACGAAGACAACAGCAAUAAGCGUUUCAACGAGUUUUCUUCGGCGAUGGAUGGAUGGCGGAAUUUUGUGGAUAACACCAAGAUCAUGUGGGGUGUUGACAUGAGCGUUCUAGGCAACGAUUUCCGCAAAGAGCAAGAACAAUACUCUUUGCGCACAUCUUCUUGGGAAGAGCUUAAUGCUGGGGAUCUGAUUGGAGACGAAGUUGAGUUUGCCAAAUGGGAUCUCAAAGCGUGUACACUUGACGACAUUAAAGAGGUAAAAGCGACUUUUUCCAUGUCAAUCACCAUCAUGUCGCGCUUUGGCGGCAUUGCUGGCUGGUUUGAUGUUGAGUUUAAAGGCUGUGCAGAGAAUCCGGCUGAAAGGGAGGUGACGCUUACUACGUCUCCUUUUGUGCAGCCAACGCACUGGGGUCAGCAAAUCUUUCCUUUAUAUCCGCCCAUGCAGGUUUGCGAAGGCGAUACGAUAGCCGGUGACAUUAUCGUAAAGCGCCGUACCGACAACCAGCGUCUUAUGAAUGUCCAAUUUGAUUUUCGAAUUUGUCGGUCUGAGGACAACAAUCAGGGCCCACUCAUCUCGGCGGGGUUUCAGAUCGAGUAA